AUGUUCGAAGGUUUGAAUCUGGGAGAUGCCAGGCGGCUUCAAGUCUGCGAGAGGCGAAACCUGCUCCUGGUUGAAUUUAACACGGUCUCUUGUUCUAGCCGGAGUAUCAUGGAGCCAGGGGCGUGGACUAGGCAAGGCUACUGUGCCCCCUCGACGUACCACAGUGUGGCUGGGCAGUACACCCUCUUGGAGAAGCGACUCAUGGCUGACUUUUCACCUUGCCACCAUUGCCCCAGUCUCCACGUGCUGCAGGAUUCAACCAAUUGGCAUGAUGCCCAACUUCCAGCUGGCUGGGGCCCACUGAAGCAGGAGGGCCACUGGUUUUCAGGGAAGGGGUGGGGGAAGAGGACAGCCUCUUCCCCAAAGGCCCCACGGCGCCACAGCCCUCCUUACAACGGGUACAAUCCAGUCUGCCGAAGGGACGUGAGCUGGGGAGCCAGCCACACAGCCAAAGGUGAUCCUAAAGCUCUGGCAUUUGGAGAUCCCGUGGUCAGCUGCAGAUGGAAUCGAGGGGCCGCUGCCAAGAACAGAAGGGAGCUCCCUGUCCGGGCACCUCCAAGCUACGAGGCUCACAUGCUUCUGCGCCUGCGGGCACAGCAGGGCCCACGCAAGGAAAACUGGCCACGUCCUCCACCCUAUCUUGCUCCUCCCUCCUACGAGGCUCCCCACCAUACAGUGCAGCCCCAGCAACAGGCAAGCAAGUCAAAUUCAGCAGGGAAGCUGAUCCAGACUGGAGCUGCUAAGAAAUACCGAGAGAGAGAAGGGGGCUGUGAGUCAGAGCCCUUGACUCACACGCCUGGGAGGAAGGCAGGGAGGUGGCAGGCUAAAGUGCCAGGGAGCUGGAGUUAUCUUUCAGGAGCUAGAACAUGGGGUGGCCCAAGGAUGCAGCUGGAGAAGGCCAAGUCCCCGUCCCAUUUGGGGCCUGGCUGGGACAUUAGUCCCCAACACCGAAGUUACACCCUACCUCGGGUGAAUAAGAGGAACCAGGUGAUGCCAAUGCCCUGCCACCCCUCCCAACACACCCUCCCUGCUGGAUGGGGCUUUAGCCAUGCCGCUGGCUGGCGUGGACCCAAGGCGGAUGGGGGCAGAGCAAAAGAGAAACACUGCCAAGACUUCUUCCCCAGGUGGAAGGAGCCGAGCCCCUCCAGGAAACUGGCAGGGAGUCAGCCAGCUUUGUCAAAGUCCUUGCCACGAAGGCAUGGUGGCCUGUUUGUAAUUGAUGCCACCUGUGUGGUGAUCCAAGCCCACUAUAUUCCACCACCCCGAAUGGAGCAAGUUUGCUACCUGCCCCAGGAAGGGGCAGGUAUGGUAAAAAACGCCCCCGCUCCUGGCUCUCCAGGCCCUACCUUAAUGGAGGAACGAGCUGCUCGCAUCCUGGGCCUCCCCUUGCGUGAGUUGGGGGUCACAGAGGCAGAGGGGGGGAUCAGGGCACCUAGGAUCCCCAGGCCCCACGUUGCAGAGAGUGGUGCUGUAUCUGGGGACAGUUCUGGAAGAGAGCAGGUGAGGAGGCUGCCUUCUGCGCCAGGCAGCCCCAGGAAACCCUCUGCACCCCCAACCCCAGACCACUCCCGGGGUGGGCCUGCAGAGCAGCAGCAGCCAGCCUGCCCAGAGGGGAAAGGGACUGCAGCAUCCCCAUGCCCGGGAAGCUGCGGCCUGCCGCAGAGCAAAGAACACCCCGCGCUUUCUGCCCAAAGCCGGUCCUAUAUCUGGGAUCUGAAGGAAGCCAUGUCGAGGAUCCGCCGACACACAGCCCCAGAUUCAGACACCGACGAGGAGCUGGAGAAAGAGUGCCAGCCCGCCUGCGGGCAGCCCCUGUGGGGAGGGAGGUUGAACCAAGAGGGGCUCAUAAACAGGAGCAGCAGCAGCAGCAGCCUUGACAGCAGCAGCUCCAAUGCCACGGUAGUGCCUGGAAACGCCACUCCUGGCUGGAGACACAGACCAGAGACUCCAAGGGCAGCUGCAAGCAGGGAGCGGUCUGGCCCAGCCCGGGAGUGA